CGUGAGACGUAGCCCUAGAUAUACCUCCAUUACAAAAGUAAUCAGCAAUUCCACGUCUCAAUAUCUCCAGUGUGCAACGUCGGAUAUUUAAAAAUUUACAUCGAGAAUGGCAGAUUCAUAUCAAGUCCUAGUUAUUUGCAUGUUACUGGUGGCAAUCAGCUGUGUUUCGCGCACGCGUGAUUGUAUCCCUGUGCACGGAUAUGAGAGUUGCGCGUGCUAUUUUCCAGAAGUUAAUGACACAAGGGAAUAUGUCAACCUUCUACCAUUGAAGACAAAUUCGUCUUCUCCAAGGUAUGUCUUGUGCUCGUUGUGUAAAGUUGGGAUUCACUUUUCCUGACUGAAACACUUCAGAACACCUUUGUUUACGUAAACUUUCGAAGAAACUUCGCAACUUGUGGCAACGUAGAUCAGAUUGUUGCGUCAAGAGGCACAAUUUCUCUCGUCGAUGCCUAAAAUUUUUGCAGGCUUCUUUUCUAGAUUUAAUCUCAUUAAUUGAAGCUCUCUCUGGAGAAUCAUUUCUUAACUGAAAGUUUUGCAAGCGAACUUUACGCAAGGUUUACGCACAGCCCCAAAUUUUAUUAUGCACGCAAUUCUUGGAAAACAAUAGCGACAACGGUAGAGUGAUUACGACUCUCUUGAAAUCUUAUAGAAUUGAAUAAACUUAUUUCUAGAUCGUACAAGCUUUUUCUCCAAAAUCAGCCGUUCUUUGCGGAGAAGAAUGAGCUUGAUGUAACAGAAAUAAAUUAUGUCGAUUGCUAGGGAAUUGUUACUGCUCGUGUUAGUUAACUUAACCAACGGAGUCGUAAUCAAUUAUUUAAAUUCUACAGCUACGGGUACUUGAUUAAGUUUUAGUUGUACAUGCGUUAUUGACCAAGCGUGAGAUCUGGUCGCUGGAACAGUUACAUUAGUUAGGAUGUACAAUUGUUAGUGCAGUAUUUGCACAAAUUCACGACUUGCAUUAACUUGCAAGUCAAACACUGUUUGUAAGUCAUAAUUAGCCAUCUGUGACCAAUAGGCUUAGUCAAUACAGUGUUUAUUGAGUCGUCAAAAUAUUCAAAGAAGAAACUUUGAUCUUAAAAAUGGGAAAUACCAAGCAGUAGUGUACUGAAAGUGGAAGUAUUGUAUCAUUUACUAUGCUGCAAAUUGGAUUAAAAGGUCCUGAGGUCAAGUGAUUGUAAUUCGCAGUGGUUAAUAAUUUGUAACAUACGUUUUGUAGGUUUACAAGUAAGACCGAGAACAGUUGGUACAUAUCUUACAGUCCAUGUGCUGAAUUCAGUGAGUUUGUUGGGGAAAACAGUACCAGCACCGCUUCUUGUUCUAAGACUUCGGUGGGUAUCUAUUGGCUUCUGAGAUCUAAGGAUUACAUAUAUUGUAAUAGAUGAGAGUGCAUGUUCACUUGUCUGGAGAUUGCAAGGGAUUAAGACCCAACAAGUCAUGCAUGUAAUAAAAAGCAAAUGGGAAGAGUGAUCAGUCCUCCUUAUUUCAUUACUGUAAUCAUAAAUCUCUCAAAAAUCCAAAGUGAAUUGCUAUUUAUGGCAAAUAAACAAUAGUAAGUGCAGUCUGUUGCUUCCAGGCAGGAGUGGGUUAACCAGUGCAAAAUUAAUUGGUUUUUUGAUGGAUCAGAGUGCAAUAAACACAUAUAUUAUAUAUCUCCAUUAGUACUCCAUUGAUUGGUCAAUUUUGCAGACCACGUUUCACUGCACAACCUGCUAAAUUCAAAAAGUAGAAAGUUUGAAUUGAAGUCUUUGGCCUGCAUUUGAACUCAGAGAUGUAAUAUGUUGUAAAUAUCUUACUAACCCAGUUUUCUUAGUCCAAACUGCAAGUUACAGAACCUCCUUAUUUCUGCUCCAACUUAUAGCCCAUUCAUUGUGGGCUCAAUUAGUAAGAGUUAUGAAUGCUUGUUUUUGUACAUACACUUAUUGAUCUCAAACUGUAUACUAGGUUGCCAGAUGGACUAACUUAUCUGCUCACCAGUGUGAUAGUUUGGGUGAUGAAGCCAGUGGAAAAUUUGAAAUGGAUGUUGACAAUGAAUUUAUCAAAUCAAAUCUUACCCUUAAAUUUCAGUGAGUGCUUUUAACUUAUCAAAUUAACAAGAAUUUAAACAAAAUUAGCCAUUAAAAGAGUGCAUGUAGAUGCUAUAGUACUAUUUGGAAAAAAACUCAGCACUGAAACAUAUUAUCAUCAUUGUUGUUAUUAUAUAUGAUUCAAUAACAUUGUUAUUAACUUUUGCUCUGUUCUGCUAUGCAUGCCUUUUCUUCUAGCAUCCAUAAUCAUCCUUGAAUUAUUUCAAACAAUCUUUGGAAUCUAUGAUAUUUUAUAUAUAGAUAUGGAAAUUCUAGUUUUUGUUCAAUCUAAAAUGUUAUUUCAUUGUUACAUUGCUGUCUUUGUCAUCGUCAUUUUUCACUGUUGUGAUAAUGAUUGUAAUUCUCAUGAUCAUGAUUAUUUUUGUCAUCAUCAUUACUGCUUGCAACAUCAAUAUUAUUAUUUCCAUCAGUAAUAUUAUUAUCAUUAUCAGCAUUAUAAUCAUUUCUCUACUUGCCUCAAAGUGUUGAAUUAUCUUCUUUGUUUGUGUUACAGGAAUUCCAAAAGUAAACAUAGGGCUGUGAUUUCAUUAAUCUGCAAUCAAUCUUUACCACAAAAUGAGGUGGUCUUUGAAUAUGUUGGCACCAUAAAUGUUCCAGUGGAUACAUAUGUAAGUACACAUCAGUGGAUACAUUGGCUAAAAAUGUCAAACAUUUCAGGAGUUGAUAUUUUCUUUACCUAACCACUUUUUAAAGUGGUACUUAUUUUACAUAACAAGCAGGACCCAGUUGUUUGUAGGCAGACUAGCACUAACCCAAGGUUAAAUUUUAAUCUGGGUUUUUUUAUUCCAUUAUUCAAAUGCCUUUUUGGGAUAAUUUCCUGUGUUCUUUUCAGAGAAUGAAAUAGUCUCAUUCCAGACAAAAAGAAUUUGACUGAAUUUUGUUUUAAGGAGACUUCUUAGGGUUUUUGCUCAAUGAUGGUAUGCACGCCAGUGUAAUGUUUUUCUAGAAAAUUUUUUAUGUUUUUGCAUUUCAAGGUCACUAAAAGCCAUAAAAAGGCAAUGAUCAAAGUUCAGACUUUUGUUUGCAUUUAGUAAAUAUUAUAAAAAUAAUUUUCUUUAUUAAGCUAAGGUUCCAUGAAGGGAGGCACUCGCCAGCAAUAAUUUUCUUUGCCUUAGAUUUUCUUCAAUUUGCUUCUGUGAAAUAUCUCUCAAAAUUUUCAUAAUUUGAAAUGCGAUAAUCUUACUUGAAAGAUCCCUAUUUUCUCUGUUGCAUAAUAUUAUGUAAUGGGAUAGAACUUUGUUAAGAUCAGUAUCUGAGCAUGUUUAGAAUUUCAAAUCUGUCACCUUUUGGCAAUCUUUUUCCUCUAUGUUUUCUUUUUGGUUGGCCUCUUUUUCAGGCAUAGAAGGCCUAUGAAUGUUACAGGUGCAAUUGCUGGAAACCCUAGAUUCCAUUACAUAAAAACUAUAUUGUGUAAAAACUGUCUUAAACACACCUUUUCAGAUAAUGAUUGUAGCAAGCCACCAUAUUUGUUUUGUAUGCUGACAAUUUUAGAGCUUGUGCUUAAUUUUCAUACCUAGAUCUCAUGCAGCCGAAAAACCCUAUGAAGCCUCAUUAAAGCUAUCAGAUCUGAAAUCAGAUUUCACACUAACCUUGGAUUAUCUUAACCCAGCUUUAAAAAACCCUGCCCUGACCUAUACACAACUUUUGAGUAGUACUGACUUUUGAUCUAUAAGGGGGAUGAAAAGAUCACCACUAAGAACAAUUUUCCUUCUUAAAUUGUUGCAUAAAACAAAAGGUUCCAUAUUGCAUUCUGCCUGUUCCAUAACAACAUGUUUGACACAACAGGCUGGACUUAAUGUAACAAUCUUUAGUUCGUACUACAUUUUUACAUCAUCUGUGAUCUAUUACUGAACAAACCCAUGUCAACAUGUAAUGUAUUUGUUAACUUUAAUACAUUACACAUCUUGCAGUGUUCAUUGUGAAUAUUCAGGCAGGCGAGAAUACUAUAACACUAAAAUUGAUUACCAGUAUUAGAUAUUUGGAGUGUCAUACCAAAAGGCAGGGCCAGGAACUCAAACUUGCAUGCACUGAGAUUGGCAGACAGUUAGAUAAUGAAAGGGAAAAUAAAAUUUGGACUUUGUGUAUGUUUUCAGAAGAAAGAGUGAAUAUUGAGACUGAGUUGAACUGAGAAUGAGUUUUAUAGUAAUUUUAUUUUGGGUAUCAUUUGACAAAAUUGAGCUUGCCUACACUGAAUAACUUUAAAAAAUCAAAAACUGAAAAUCAGCAAUGCACAAGAAAAAACAAUUUAUUUUGAUUUACAGUGUAUCUGUACCAUAUAUUCAAAUGCUGUUCUUUAUAAUUUCAAACAGUAUUUAUCAUUGACCAGUGCUUGCUGUUGUCAAGGAAAAUGUGGAAUUCCUCCUGGUAAGAGUUAUUGCAAUAGCCUAUUCCUAUUCCUUUUUGUUUGUUGUUGUUGUUUGUGUGUUUGUUUGUUAUUUUUGUUAUUUUGGAGGGGGGGAGGGAGGUGAGUACAAUUUCUCAGUCUGCCCACCUCUCAUCCUUCAAUAUUAUCACCUACAGUAUUUAAUAUCAAACUAUUUACUUAUUGGUACCAAAAAGUGAUAAUGAUGAUGAUGAUGGCAGUAAUCAUUUCAACUAAUACUGUAGAAAAUGUUGUUGUUUAUUGUGGCUUAAUGUACUGUUGAUAAAUGAACACAUUUAAUCACUUGUCUCAAAUUGUAGAGUCAGGCUAUCAGUUCUAAUGAUAGCAACAAUAGUAGUAAUGAUAAUGAUGAUAUGUAAAUGAUAUAAAUAAUAAUGAUGAUAAUGAUGAAAGUAACAUAAUUGUAAUCAUAAUGAUAGUGAUAAUAUUAGUAGUGGUAUUUAAAAAAUGAAUAAUUUAAUAAUUUUGCAGCUCCAUGCCUGCAAUAUACAAUAUGAUUACAAAUCUGAAAUUUUUGUUGUUUGCUGAGUAAGAAAGGGUUGAGCAAGAGUGUAGAGUAUGGGCCCCAGUACCUUAAACCAUUUGUGGGGUCCCCUAGGGUAAAUGAUUAAAGAAUGAUUUUCUAUUGUUUCUAGCUCAACUGCUAAAUUUUCUGAAACCGUUCCCACUUUGACUGUGAUACACUGCUGACUUGAAGAUGAUAUAUAAAUGAUAUAAUUAAUUAUGAUGAUAAUGACACCAUUUCACAUCUAAUUGUCAAUCAGGGAAUAAUAGUGAUGAUUCAUUUUUUUCCAUAGAAAUCCCCUACACAGCAAAAACACCCACAGGUAAGCUAUUCGUAACUUUCUCACGUUUACCCUAAGUGGUACCAGUUUAUGCGUCCCAAUGUCUAAUGCAAUCCUCAUUUUUAUUCUGUGUAUUUGAAUUUGCGAUUCAUAGUUUGUUUUUUCUCAGAGUGAAAAACACGAAGUUCCAAAACUAUGGUUUGGUGACAUAUUAUGACAAAUAUGUGGUGUAAAUUUCUCAUGAAUUCUCAUGUGUUCUCAGUGACCCACGUUAUUUUGCGAUAACUACUCAGGAUUUUUUUGAAGAGUUACUCAGGGUUACUCUCUAAAAUUUCAAAACGCAAUGUGGAACACUUUGUCUUGGAAGAGAUGAAAAAAAUAAAUGUGGUUUGUAGACCUUAAUUCUCCUGAAACAGAUAGCAUCUCACAUUUUCCGCAUACAUUACCCACAAGCUUAUGUUGAGAAAAGACAAACUUAUCAGCUGGAGCUGCUCAUUCUGAUGCAAGACUAGAUUCUCUUAACUUACUUAUAAGGAAAUAUUAAGUAGUUAGAGGGGAGAAUCAUUGAUUAGAUCUGGUGAGUUUGAUGGCUAACUAUGGUUUCUCCAUCAUCACAGGCUCGUCGUCUAAGUCUGGAGGCCUUAAAAGUUGGGAAAUAGCUGUGAUAACGGUUGGAGGUGUCCUUUUGUUGGUCUUGAUCGCAUGUUUGGUGUUUUUUUGCGGCAAAAAGAGACGAGCAUACCAAACGAUUUAACGUGAAUGGUGUCCUUAAGACAGAGUCAAACUCGGCGUCGAAUCGAAUCGAAUAGUAUUUUUGAACACACACAUUACUCGAAAUCGAAAGGAAUCAACAAGAGUCUCUUAUUAAGAACAACGUCAGUCUCUUCGGGGGAAGGGGGGGGGGGUGCAUUCUGGACCCUGUCAGAAACCGGAAGACCGCAUGUUAUUUAUACGAAUAAAAACUGGACAACAAAAAGAUUUUGAGGGCAGCAAUCGAAGAAUAAAAGUCAAGGACAGGCACAGCCAGGAGGAGCAAAAAAAAACAAAGGAGAAAAAGGUCGGAUGGCCCACCAUUUUUGCAAUGUUUAUAUUAGUAGAGUGGCUUGCAGUAUUCCUUAGUUUUUUCCCGUGAAUUGAAUAAUUUUGCAGCUCCAUGUCUGCAAUAUACAAUACGAUUACAAAUCUGUAAUUUAUGUUGUUUGCUGGGAAAAGAAGGAUCGAAAGUUCUGCAAGAAUGUAGAAUAUGGGCCCCAGUACCUUAAACCAUUUGUGGGGUCACCGAGGGUAAAUGAUUGAAGAGUGAUUUUUCUAUUGUAAUAAAAAUAUGUGCUUAUCGUUCAUCGUGGUGUAAGUUAGGAUAUGAACUUUGUUCGUUUGUCUCACGAUAGAGUCACGAAUGAUGUAGAUCGCGGCGUUUCGACUGCAAUACUGCUAGUCUACUGUUUCUUGAUCAACUGUUGAAUCUUCUGAAACAGUACCCACUUUGACGUGCACUGCUGAUUUAAAAAACAACACAUGCUAACUAAACAUAUAUAUAUAUAUUUUAAACUAAUCUUUAAUGAAUUAGAUAUUUAAUUUUUCUUCGUCAAAGAAAAGUGACUCAAGUGAAAAAAGCCGCCCCGAGAAUGUUAGACGGUUUUUUAGUCUCGUAUUUCUAGUCUCUUGCACCAGCUGUGCAGGUUGUUAUGUGUAAUUUUAAAUUUGUGAUGAGAUUUUUUUUCUUAAUUUUAGUGCUUAAGAUCAAAUGGUUUGAUUUGAUUUCUCUUGCAUUAAUCUUAGCGUCACGAUCGUUUUUCUCCAAAUAUAGAUGAGCGUAAACUCUAGCAGCUUCCUGUGUGCUUUACAGUAGAACAGAGCACAAUCAAGGCUUUUCCAUUUGUUAAAUAUAGAAACAUGGCCCGAUCGAGUGUAUUAGCCGCAAAGCCAAUUAAAAGGCAUUUUUGAAAUGAAGUUAGCUAACUAUGAGCG